AUGGCUGAUCAGCAGGCUCAAGCCACAACACUGAGAAAUUUGGAGCACCACGUGGGCCAACUUGCCAUAGCCCAAAAUACCAGACCAGUAGGGGCUCUUCCUAGUGAUACAGAGCCCAAUCCUAAAGAUCAAGUCAAUGCGGUUACCUUGAGAAAUGGAAGAGCAUUAGAAGAAGUUCCAAAGAAAAAGAAGAAUAUAGCUCAUCCCGAAGGAGAAUUAGUUCCCAAGCCAGUUGAGGGGAAUGAGAAAGAUGAUAAAGGACCUGAGCCAGUAAUUGAGACUAGGCCACCACCUCCAUUUUCACAAAGACUGCAGAAGCAAAAAGAUAAUGCUAAGUACAAGAAAUUCCUAGAUAUUUUGAGCCAAGUGAGUGUGAAUUUUCCUUUGGUUGAAAUUUUGCAGGAAGUGCCUAAGUAUGCAAGGUAUCUCAGAGAUAUUGUGGCAAACAAACGAAGGCAUGCAGAGUUCGAAACAGUUGCACUUACUGAAGAGUGCAGUGCCAGAGUUCAGUUAGCAAAUAGGUCACUAGUCAUGCUAGAAGGAAUUAUUGAGGGUGUGUUAGUUCGAGUGGAAAAGUUUAUUCUUCCUGCUGAUUUUAUUGUUCUUGAUUACGAGGCAGAUGAUGAAGUGCCCAUUAUUUUGGGGCGACCAUUCUUAGCUACUGGUGGAGCAAUUAUUGAUGUGAGGGCAGGGAAGUUAAAAAUGAGAGUUGACAAUGAGGAGAUCACUUUUAAUGUGUACAAGGCACUUAAGCUCUAA